CCUCCAUCCCCUCCUUCUCACGCACAACAUCCCCAUUUAUUCCUCCCAUCACACCGUCAAAAUGGUCUACACUAUCGUCGUCCACCUCCGCGCUAAGCCCGACGAGGAGAGCAUCUCCAAGCUCCACGCCAAGCUCAUCGAAGCCUCGGCCGUCUACUCCAAGGACAAGGAGACCCUGUCCUGGUUCGUCAUGCAGAGCGUCCACGACAAGCAGGACUUCUGCAUCGUCGAGCGCUACCUCAACGAGGGCUCCCAGAAGUACCACCUCGAGAACCCCUACUGGAAGACCUUCGACCCCUACGUCAUCCCUCUCUUGGAGAAGCCUAUGGACCUGAGACGCUUUGAGGAGAUGGAGGAGAAGAAGGAGUAAAUGUGCAUACUAUAAAACCUGAAAUGGAAUGUAUAUAGAUUGAAUGAUAUUGUCCGAUGCCGUGCGUUGGACUUUGUUCAUGGUAGCAUCUUACUUCUAUUGAAUGAAUGCCCUCAUUGAUAUGAAGUACGCUGUGAUCUACAAGAAUUAGUCAGAAUUCAUAGAGAGUAAGGUGUGAGUGCAAAGCUGGGUUUCCGGAUACCGAUUCUGCUGGUGGAGAGCGCCAAUCGAGCUACUCUAUUGAUCUAUCUCACCUUGCCAUAGGGACUAGUUGAGAGACAGAAAGCCACUGUAACGUGCCUUCACCGAGUGCUCCAAUAGUGCAC